AUGCAAAAAUCACCUCCACCGUUCAUCUGGGCCUGUCCUGAGGAGAAGAAUAUACUUGAUUGGCACUUCAUCAUUCGAGGACCACCUGAUACGCCGUACGAAGGAGGAGAAUAUCACGGGUUGAUCUGGUUCCCUAGCGAUUAUCCAUUCAAACCGCCCGAUGUCAAGAUGUUCACACCUUCAGGAAGGUUCGAGACGGGUCAUAAGAUCUGUAUGAGUAUGACUUCUUAUCAUCCAAGCACGUAUGUCACCUCAUUGCCUGAUCGGUGGAACGCAGCGUGGUCGGUAGCGACUAUUCUUACUGGUCUGUUGAGUUUCAUGCUUUCGGAUGAGAUCACCGCUGGGGCUGUCAAGACGAGUGAAUCGGAUAAGAAAGUAUUGGCAAAGCAGAGUCAUGCGUUCAAUGUCGCCAAUAAGAAGUUCAGAGAAAUCUUCCCAGAUUACGCCAAACCGGAGAUGAAAAACCUACCCGAUAUGGGCAAAGGUAACCCUUCAUCUGCCUCCACAUCCAAAGUCGUAACCCCGAGUACCACGACCCCAUCCUCCACCUCCAUCUCCACGACAUCCACAUCCACAGAUAAUUCAUCUUCCAACACCCCUGCUCCAGAUGUCAACCCAAGCACAAAUACGAUAGGAGCGAAAGAUGUCAAACCGAUCAUCAAUCGUCCACCUCAACCACAUGGAGCGCAGAAUUGGAUGAUAAUACCCAGUUGGAGGUGGGUGAUAGCUGUGGUCCUAUUAGCGGUAGUAGGUAGAUUAUCUUCAUUUGUGGGACUAUAA